AUGAAGUUGUCAACUGCGCUGGCCUUUGUAGUCCUCGCGAUGCCCUCACUCGGUGCCUCCGCGGCUGCGGCCGCUAUCGACAAGCCCAAGGUGCCACUCCACUCGUCGAGCCGCUGGAUCCUGGACAGCGACAACAAACGCUUCAAGUUGCGGUGCAUUAACUGGGCGGGCCACCUUGAGGCCAACGUGCCCGAGGGCCUGCAGUUGCAGCCCGUUGACCGCAUCGCAGGCUGGAUCGCCGUCAACGGCUUCAACUGCGUGCGGCUGACCUACUCUAUCGACAUGGCGCUCAACCCGGGCCUCCCCGUCGAGCAGUCGUUCCGCGCCGCCGCCGCCGCCACCAGCGCCGACGAGGCCGCCCUGAUAGCGCUGCAGGCCGCUGCCGUCUCCGCCAAUCCGUUCCUGGCCGGCAACGCCACCGUCCUCGACGCCUUCGCCGCCGUGCAGGCCGCGCUAUGGGACCGCGGCGUAGUCACGAUCCUCGACAACCACGUCUCCCGCGCGUCGUGGUGCUGCAACCUCGACGACGGCAACGGCUGGUGGGCCGACGCGCCGGGCUACCUGGACGCCAACUCGCGCUUCUUCGACCACGCGCGAUGGCUUGACGGGCUCACCGCGAUGGCGCGCUGGGCACGCGGCCGGCCCGGGGUGGUCGGCAUGUCGCUGCGCAAUGAGCUGCGCGCGCACGUCACGCAGAUGCCCUCGGCCGCCGGCGUCUGGCGGGAGAACAUGCCGGCCGCUGCGCGCGCGGUGCACGAGGCCAACCCGGACGUCCUCGUCAUCGUCGGCGGUCUCAACGGCGGCACCGACUUGACGCCGCUGCGCGAGCGCGCGCUCGACACGUCCGGCUGGGCGGGCAAGAACGCCUGGGAGGCGCAUGCGUACAGCUUCACCGUCACCACUCCAGAUUUCGGGUCCUGCGCCGUUCGCAAGGUUAACUACGGCCUGCACUUCGGCUUCGUCCUCGAGCAAGGUAAGGACGCCACCGGCCCGCUGUUCCUCUCUGAGUUUGGCGUCGGUAUGACGGGCGGUGACAAGGAUGGGCUCAAUGACAAGGACAGUACUUACUUGUCGUGCUUGCGCGGAUACAUGGAAGACAACGACGCCGACUGGUCACUCUGGGCCAUCCAGGGCACAUACUAUGUCCGUGAUGGCAAGGUCGAUGCCGAGGAAACCUGGGGCGCUAUUGAUCACGACUGGAAGGACUGGAGAAACCCCAAGUUUAAGGCUAUGCUUGGUAAGAUGCCCUACAUGACGCAGUUUCCCUGA